AUGCAGUUUAAUAGUUUGUUGACAGAACGUGCAUCGCCCCCGUGCAUCGCCCGUGCAUCGCCCGUGCAUCGCCCCCGUGCAUCGCCCGUGCAUCGCCCGUGCAUCGCCCGUGCAUCAUCGCCCCGUGCAUCAUCGCCCCGUGCAUCAUCGCCCCGUGCAUCAUCGCCCCGUGCAUCGCCCCGUGCAUCAUCGCCCCGUGCAUCAUCGCCCCGUGCAUCGCCCCCGUGCAUCAUCGCCCCGUGCAUCAUCGCCCCGUGCAUCAUCGCCCCGUGCAUCAUCGCCCGUGCAUCAUCGCCCUUGCAUCAUCGCCCCGUGCAUCAUCGCCCCGUGCAUCAUCGCCCCGUGCAUCGCCCCGUGCAUCGCCCCGUGCAUCGCCCCGUGCAUCAUCGCCCCGUGCAUCAUCGCCCCGUGCAUCAUCGCCUGUGCAUCAUCGCCCCGUGCAUCAUCGCCCCGUGCAUCGCCCCGUGCAUCAUCGCCCCGUGCAUCGCCCUGUGCAUCAUCGUGCAUCAUCGCCCCGUGCAUCAUCGCCCCCGUGCAUCAUCGCCCCCGUGCAUCGCCCCGUGCAUCAUCGCCCUGUGCAUCGCCCCGUGCAUCAUCGUGCAUCAUCGCCCCGUGCAUCAUCGCCCCGUGCAUCAUCGCCCCGUGCAUCAUCACCCGUGCAUCAUCGCCCCGUGCAUCAUCGCCCCGUGCAUCAUCGCCCCGUGCAUCGCCCGUGCAUCGCCCCGGGCAUCAUCGCCCGUGCAUCAUCGCCCCGUGCAUCAUCGCCCCGUGCAUCGCCCUGUGCAUCAUCGCCCGUGCAUCAUCGCCCCGUGCAUCAUCGCCCCGUGCAUCAUCGCCCCGUGCAUCAUCGCCCCGUGCAUCAUCGCCCCGUGCAUCAUCACCCGUGCAUCAUCGCCCCGUGCAUCAUCGCCCCGUGCAUCAUCGCCCCGUGCAUCAUUGCCCCGUGCAUCGCCCGUGCAUCGCCCCGUGCAUCAUCGCCCCGUGCAUCAUCGCCCCGUGCAUCAUCGCCCGUGCAUCAUCGCCCCGUGCAUCAUCGCCCGUGCAUCAUCGCCCCGUGCAUCAUCGCCCCGUGCAUCAUCGCCCAUGCUGUUAAGAUGUGUUGAAUUGUGA